UUAAUUACAAACAGUACGGGUCGUUUUCGGCAACUCGUUUAGUUUUACAUUUUUUCAAAAUAAGUUGCAAAAUGACGACUGAAACAUACACACGUGACACAGUAAAUUUAUCUGUAAAAGAUUUGGAAAAACUAGUCUCAAAGAUCACAUCAGAAAUGACCUCAGAUAUAUUCAACAAAAUCGACGAGUUGCAAGUAAAGUUAAGUUACCUGAUUCACGAAAAUCAGUUUCGAAGCAAAAACGAUUUGUACGAGGCGACUGAAAAUGAUGACACUCUAAGUUCAGAAGAUGAAGAGCAAGACUUUCUAAGCAGUUCCUCCGAAAAAAGCGGUUACAAAUCUGCGAAAAAAGAUGACAACGAAAAAAACAGUCAGGAAUAUAAACGAAACAGGUCGAUUCGUGGUAGAAAUAAAUUUGUUGUGAGCAAUAGAAUCGGCAAUGAAGACAAUCCUGCGAAGUUCGGCGCAGCGUUAAAACGAGCUUGGGUGCAUGUAAGAAGAGUCAAAAUCGCACCAACAGACGAGGACAUCAGUAGCUUUUUCCAACGAAAAUACUUCGAAAAACAUGUUGACUUAGAAUCAUUACCCCAAAGACCAAGUGUGAGAAGCAUGGCUUUCAAGGUAGGAACCAAUCCGAAGUUGCUAACCUUCUAUGAAGGUUGA